AUGAGCGUUCAUAAAACAAUGUCAACUGGCUAUCCGUUUACCCUAAUAGAAAUAGAUGUCCUUGCAUCAGGUAUCACAUGCAGCAAAAAUAAUUUAUUGACCCUUGCUGUCAAACCAAAUCCAUGUGUCAAUGAUAAAGUAGAUGGAGAGGCAAAUCAACCAUCUACACAGAGUGUUCAUUUAACCCUACACAGGGUUUGUCUUACACAUGGAUGCUUUGUACCAAUGACACAUUCAUUUGUUCUGAAGAAUGAUGGGAACGGUGAUGAUGUUCAGGCACAAUUAAAUUACAAAUUUCAUCAGUCAUUUCAAUGUUGCAAGAAAUGA